CACUCUGAGGUACAGAUCCGCUGUCCCUCCUGCACACACACACACGCACACACACACACACACACACUCACACACACUCACACACGCAGCGGGACUGACUGGAGCUGUGUGCCCGGAGAGGAGGACUGAUGACCGGUUGCUGAAGGGUCAGAGGUCAGAGGUCAUCAUGCAGACUAUAAAGUGUGUGGUUGUGGGUGACGGAGCUGUGGGGAAGACCUGCCUCCUCAUCUCCUACACCACCGGAGCUUUUCCCAAAGAGUACAUCCCCACGGUGUUCGACAACUACAGCAGCCAGGUGACGGUCGACGGCAGGAUCAUCAGUCUGAACCUUUGGGACACAGCAGGUCAGGAGGAGUACGAUCGGCUGAGGACGCUGUCCUACCCACAGACCAACGUCUUCAUCAUCUGCUUCUCCAUCUCCAGCCCGGCCUCGUACGAGAAUGUCAAACACAAGUGGCACCCAGAGGUGUCCCACCAUUGUCCAGGCGUUCCCAUCCUCCUGGUCGGCACAAAGAGCGACCUCCGAAACGACGCCGAGAUCCAGAAGAAGCUGAAGGAUCAGAACCAAACGCCCGUCACCCACCAGCAGGGCACUGCCCUCGCCCGCCAGAUCCAUGCCAUCCGCUACCUGGAGUGUUCAGCCCUCAACCAGGACGGCAUAAAAGACGUGUUCACCGAGGCCGUGAGGGCCUUCCUCAACCCGCAGCCCACCGUCAGCAAGAGGUCCUGCGUCCUGCUGUAGGACCGAGACUCCGCCGGCAGGACCUGACGGGACUUGAAGGGACUUGAUGGGACUUGACGGGACUUGAUGGGACCUGAUGGGACU